AUGAGGUCAAAAGGAUCGCCCACCAAUAGUGACGGUCACAGCCGUGAAACUGAAGAUAUCUUUAGUGAGGAUGUUAAGGACCCCUCGAUGUUCAUGAUACAAUCGUCUGACGAAGAUGAAGAGGAAUAUCUGUACGGCUCUACAUCUACACCCCUGGAAAGCAAAUCGGUGGAACGCGGAACAAACAGGAACCAUGAUUUUCUCAGCGCCAAGGUAAACCGCCAAUAUAGGCUUGGGGAGGAACUAUAUCAACAUGAUCUCAAGGCUGACGUCUUACUCUCACAAAUCAACCAAUUUUUUGAGCAAUCAAUGGCUUCACUUGUUGCUGCAGGAGCUAAAGCUUUAGACGACUCCAACACGUCAAAGGACAACUGUAAACAAUUACCGGAGCGCUUACAACACACACAAUCUGAGGAUGUUGAAACCGUGGCCAGUAUUGUGGGUCAAGAUUAUCGCAAUCAUACCGUGAAGAAUUGCCUAGAUACUAGAAAACGCAGGCGUAAGCAAAAUACAAAAUACCAUUACAACGAAGACACCGCAUCAUGCGAUGGUAUAACAGAUGAAGUCAAUUCGCCAUCAUCUAUUUACGUUCCGUGUAAUCCCAGCAAUGGGUACAAACGCAGCUCGGCACGACGCACUCGGGGCAAAUUUGUAAACGCAGAUCAGAUGUUCGAUGUCGACGAACAAUGCGGCGUUCUCACCCCCAAAGUGUUGGAUGACGAGUUUAAUGGGGAAUUGAAGGUGAAGAAGCCGAAUAAAAGGAAAUGUUCAAAGAGCAAAAACUCCAAAUCCACACUGGAAAAUACUGCGGUUGUAUCGCCAAAUGUCCAAAUUACAGCUGCUACCAUGCGCCGAACAACUCCAAGAGUAAAUGUAAAACAAACCCGGAAGGGUAAGAACAACAAAUUAGUUGCUGAACAGAUGAGUCAAAAAUCAACUGGUGUUCGCAAUAUUUGUCUAAAAUUUGUGAUAAUAGAUGAAAAUUGCUCUGUUAUCAAGGAUGAGCGACUCGAGAAGGUGAUAGUUAGGCACGACGAAAGGAUAGGUAAUCUGGCGGCGAAGUUCGGCAAGCUCUUCGACCUGGAUGAAAAUAAGUAUAAGGAUGUCAAAAUAUAUAUUGAUGGAGAUCUGCAGCCCCAUGAUAUUGCGAUAGGUAGUGAAAUGCUAGAAAUCGAGGACGGAAUGCAAGUCGAUGUCAAGUUUCCCCAAAAGGAUGCGGGGGAAUGUCUCGAUGCGGUGUGUGAGAGUACUCAAGUGGCUGCUGGCUACGCACCCAGCAACGUAGUUGGUCACAUUGCUGCGAAUGACUGCGCGACCGAACCGCGUGACUGGGUCUCGGGAGCUCUAUUUGAGGAAGUCAUAGAAAUAGAUUAA